GAGCCCUCGGACACGAUCGACAACGUGAAGCAGAAGAUCCAGGACAAGGAGGGCAUCCCUCCGGACCAGCAGCGCCUGAUCUUCGCGGGCAAGCAGCUCGAGGAUGGCCGCACGCUCAGCGACUACAACAUCCAGAAGGAGUCGACGCUCCACCUCGUCCUUCGUCUUCGCGGCGGC